AUGUCUCUCUCUGCCCAGAGUCUAGAUAGCCUCCGGGCGCUGGUAGACGGCACGACCGUCGACCAGGAACUGGGUCUUGCUGGCGUUACCGUGGUCGUUGUCGAUCGAGAUGGUAAAGAAUUAUUUGCACACUCGUCGGGCAAGCGGGGUCUGGCAUCUGACGAGCCCAUGACGCUCGAGAACAUCUUCUGGAUUGCGUCCUGCACCAAGAUGCUGACGGGCGUCUCUUGCAUGCAGCUCGUCGAGCGGGGGAUACUUUCCCUCGAUGACGGAGAGCAGCUGGAGAACCUCUGCCCGGAGCUCAAGACCCUCCAGGUCCUGCGGCCUGAUGGCACGCUGGAAGAGAAGAAGAAGAAGAUCACCCUGCGCAUGCUCCUGACGCACACGGCGGGGUUCGGCUAUACAUUUUUCAAUGAGCGACUGAGAGAUUGGUCGCUCCCUGGGGGGUUUGACGAAUUCUCCGGUCGCAUUGAGGACAUGGUUAUGCCGCUGCUCUUCCAGCCUGGAGAGGGGUGGGAAUACGGGGUCAACAUCGACUGGGCAGGCAUUGCCCUCGAGCGCGUGACUGGCCUGAAGCUGAACGACUACAUGCAGAAGAACAUCUUCCAGCCCUUGGGGCUGACAGAGAUGUCCAUGAUCCCCAAUAAGGAGAUGCGGUCGAAGCUCGCCUACAUGCACCAGCGAGAAAAGGACGGAAAGCUACGGCCGAGAGACCACCUGCAGCGGGUGCCGAUCGUUGUCGACCUCGCAGACGAGAAGAAGGUGGGUGAGAUAUUCAACAGUGGCGGUGCUGGCAUGUUUGCCCGGCCGCAGGAAUACUGCAAGGUGCUCGCUGUGCUCCUAAACGACGGGACAUGCCCCCGAACCAGCCACCAGCUGCUCAAGAAGGAGACGGUCCAGGAGAUGUUCACCAACCAGAUCGCCGACUUCCCCAACUUCGGGCGCCAGGGCAUCCCGCCGUCCAAGCCAGACCUCACCAACCCCAUCCCGGACCUGUACCCGGUCGCGGCGAGCCAGCCGCAGGGAUGGGGGCUCACCUUCAUGCUGCCCAACAGCACCGCGACAGGGCGCUCGCAGCCAACAGGACAAUGGGCCGGGCUGGCCAACCUGUUCUGGUGGUGUGAUCGCGAGAAGGGUGUCGCAGGCAUGAUUGCCUCCCAGGUGCUCCCAUUUGCUGAUGCACAAGUUCUCGGCCUGUGGGGGCAGAUUGAGAUGGAGGUGUAUAAGGGCUUGGCUGCGUAA